GAUGCGAGUGGGUGCCGGAGCGGUUGCUGUCUGUGUCAGUCUGUGUAGUCACUCUCACGGCUCUUGUGCUUCCUUGGAUUCCGUUCCGUUCCGUUCCGAUCCCCUUCCGUGGGCUAGGUAGGCGUUGAGAUGAGAUGCUGGUGCUGCUGAUGCUGCAGCGGCGGCAGCGAGGAGCUCAUCAGACGGCGACGAGCAGAAUCCCAACCGGAUCUAAAGCAUAAGGAAACCCUAAGAAGAAGAGGAAGGCCAUGGCGAUGCGGGGCGUCGAUUUCAAGUGGUACGAUGGGUUCUUCCUCUCCAUGCUCGCCACCAGCGUUAUCAUCGUCUCCAUCAAUUGGAAGAGGUAUCGCCUCUGCGCCCAUCCGCUCCACAUUUGGAUAGUGGUGGACUACACCACCGUCUUCAUCUUCCGCCUCCUCAUGUUUCUCGAUAAUGGUCUUGCUGCAGGGAUGGGAUUAGAUCUCGGAUGGCAACAGAGAUAUGCUCGUUUUUGUGGAAGAAUAAUUGUCCUCUCAGUUCUUGUAUUACUUCUCUACCCCUUUCUUUGCGUUUGGACUGUGAUAGGAACAUUGUGGUUUAGCACGGCAAGAGGCUGCUUGCCCGAGGAAGGACAAAAAUGGGGCUUCCUGAUAUGGUUGCUUUUCAGUUACUGUGGGCUCGCCUGUAUUGCAUGUGUCGCUGUUGGAAAGUGGCUAAACCGAAGGCACGCACUUCAACAGAGGGCACAGCAGGGAAUUCCAGUCUCUGAAUAUGGGGUUUUGGUUGAUAUGAUCCGUGUUCCUGACUGGGCAUUUGAGGCUGUUGGCUUGGAAAUGAGAGGAAUGGGCCAAGAUACUGCAUAUCAUCCUGGCCUUUAUUUAACUGCAGCUCAGAGAGAAGCAGUUGAGGCACUGAUUCAAGAACUUCCAAAAUUCAGGCUGAAAGCUGUUCCGACUGACUGCAGUGAAUGUCCUAUCUGCCUUGAAGAAUUUCAUGUUGGCAAUGAGGUCCGUGGGCUCCCAUGUGCGCACAAUUUCCAUGUAGAGUGCAUCGACCAAUGGCUCCGGCUGAAUGUCAAGUGCCCACGGUGCCGGUGCUCCGUCUUCCCCAACCUGGACCUGAGCGCGCUGAACAAUCUCCGGCCGACCAACGAACCGGACCAUCCUUCUGCCAGCGAUGUAACAACGGCAACUUCAGCGACGAGGUACGUGAGGUCGUCACAGCCCGCGGGGCAAAGCUACUUGGUGCGGCUGCAGGGGCUGCUACUCCGCCCGAUCCGGCACGAGAGCGUGGAGAGUGGUCUCGGUGAGCCGGCGGCGGCGAACAGCUCGGUUGGCCCCGAGGAGCUGCCCAGCAUUGUGGUAGACGGUGGCCAUCAGCUGCCAGAUCACCGACUCAUUUGAUGGCCUAAUUUAUUAUGAGUAGAGAGCACAAGGGGAACUUAGGAAGGGAAAUCAAAUUAUGCAGCGUUUUUCUUUUUGCUGUGUAUCUUGGGAGAGAUUAGUAGUAAAUAAUAAUAAUAUUAUUUUAUACCCGUUGUUUGCGCUCGAGUUAGGCAGGAGCGUCCAAUCCAUGUAUGUUGCGUGCAUGUAAUUGUGUAUUAGUAAUUGAUGAUGUGAUUAAUUC